AUGACUGCUCCUCUUGUGGAUAAUGAAGGAUUUCCACGCUCAGAUAUUGAUGUGUAUCAAGUUCGAACCGUGCGUCAAAAAGUUAUAUGCCUAAGAAAUGACUUGAAGAAUUUAACCAAUCAGAUUGAAAGUGUUCUACAUAACCUUCAUGCACAGCAGAGAGAGGGUGCUGGAAUCGAUGAAAACAGCAAGACAUCUUUCUUGAAUGAAUAUGAUGAGCACACAGUCCCUUUUGCCAAAAUAGGAGCAGUAACUGAAGGAUCCCCAGCAGACAAAGCAGGGCUUAAAGCCGACGAUCUCAUCCUUGGAUUCGGAUCAUUACGAGCCAGUAACUUUAUCAGUUUGAAAGAUUUAGCACAAAUUGUUCAGCACAGACUGGAAUGUGAAAUCCCUCUUUGCAUUCGGCGAUUGGAGGUACUCAUGCAAAUCACCCUUAUUCCUAAACCUUGGAACGGUAAAGGUUUUCUUGGAUGCGUGGUAUUGCCUUUUGAUACCGUAGACCGUUAA